AUGUCCUCCGAUGCAGCGGCUUUGCCCUCUCCACCCGACUUUGCCCCUUGGGAAAAGGCCAAUCGUCCUCAGUCCCUCGGGAGUAUGUAUUCAGGUGAAGCAGGGCAAAUUGGCCCGCCUGGCCUGUAUCAGAACAACCACUCCACUCCUCCACUUGGCGCUCGGUCCCCGCGAUUUCCUAGCAUAAAAGAUCUUCAAGAACAUGCAGCAGCUCUGGACGUGGACGAGUCUUCGUCGCUUGAUGAUUUGCUAAACCGGGCCCAAGAGGCAAUAAAGCGUGCCAGGGAUUUGGCUGACAGUGAUCAGCCCGAUAUAGCUUAUGUGGAAUACCUUCGUGCUUCCGAGAUUACUGUCAAUAUAAUUCCUCAUCAUGCCGACUAUCGAAUAGCUGCCACCCAGCGUCCCGGAUGGUACAAACAAUUUGCGGAUUUAAUGAUGGCUGUGCGCACGAAGCAAGGGACGAUGGAUGACAUCAAACGGCAGAUCCUGGAGGAUAACUUCAACAAUAACGUACAACCUACGGGUGCAUUGGGGCGUGGUUCUUUGAUGCCAAUGUCCGAAUUCAUUCCUGUUGGUACUUUCCGAAGCCCAAGCCCGAGAGGUCGCCGAAAUGAAUUGGGAGAAAACUCAAUACGAAUGCCUAGCCCACGGGAGUUUCAACCGUCGUCUGAUCAGAAACCGAGUAGGCAUUCGACUCCUGUAGAUGAUAUACUCGCUCAGCGUUUUGCCAGACUGAGAGCCUCGCCCCCAAGUACGAAUGGACUGGGGCCGGCUACAAACUGUGAAAAUGGAAGUGCUUCAACACCAGAAUAUACUGAUAAUCGUCCUCCUCGACCAUCAUCUUACAUGUCCCAAGGACCCGUGCAAAGUUCAACUCUUAGUUCACCGACACGGCGUCCUCUAGGACCCCGUAGCAUGGGGUCUUCUCACAGCGUGCCCGCUUUACCUCCCAAACUUCCUCUCAAUACAUCACUUCCUCGUGCACCAGAUCCUGCUUAUAGUCCCAUAUGGACAGUACCGUCACAGCCGGCUUCAAACCCCCCGAGGACUUCUACGGAGAGCUCGCGCCCAGUCAACCCGAGAUAUUCGCAUUUCGUCAGCUCUCCACGCGACAGUCCAAGUCGUAACGGCUUCGAAGAUAACCCUUACAGAUCACGAACCCCAAACGGCGUCCAUCAGGUGAAGGAACCUCGAAGCAAUACCGCAGAUUUACCAUACAGCACCACCAUUAGCGCCCACGACUUGCUUGAUUGUCUUCGAAAAUACAAUGUAUUGAUAAUCGAUGUACGCCCGCGAGAUCAGUACGAUAACGGUCAUAUAUACGCCAAAUCGAUAAUUUGCAUUGAACCAGUGAUACUGAAAGAAAAUGUGUCCGCUGAAGAGCUCGAGGAACGCCUGGUAGUGUCCCCUGAGCAUGAACAGUCUUUGUUCGAGAGACGCAACGAAUUCGACAUGGUAGUGUAUUAUGAUCAAGAUACUGGCUCAGUCAGUUACCUGGCUGGGUCACCUGUCGGGACAACAGCGCCUCAUCUCAGAGCGCUCCAUGACACCCUUUAUGAAUUCAAUGCCUAUAAAGCUCUGAAAGAUGGACGGCCUCCAGCGCUUUUGAUUGGAGGCCUGGACGCGUGGAUUGAUCUUCUUGGUCAGCAAUCGCUCGCCACGUCUUCCACUGCUGCUGUAAUGGGGUCAAUUCAAGCAAAGCGAAGACUGGGACGACCACUUGGAAGGAUACCGACCAUAGCAAGUGCCAAUUCCAGCUUAGAAGUGAGGAAAAGGAGGCUCCGUGAAUAUAAACCGCUAAACCCCGAGGAGCUCACAGAAUGGAUGGAAAAAUCGAAGAACGAAGAGAUCGACACCAGUGCAUACAUUGAAGAAGAGGACCUUACUGAGGAACCAGAAGAAGAGGCCAAAAACGACGAGCCUCCGUCACCUUUUGUGCAUACUUAUGAGGACUUCUUGCGUCGCUUUCCAGAGCCACAUGCUGUUCAACAAUCCAUGGCGGCGGCGCCACAUGCACGACGACCAGUAUCAAUAAUGCCCAACUAUGCCGCCCCGGUUCCUGUCGCCCCUUCACGGCCUACUCCCGCAGUUCCACGCCCAAGCUACAGUGGAGUUUCAGAUGGCCGCCAGAUACAACCCACGCUGGAACGACAAAACUCUGCUACCAAGACUGCUCUGUACACGUCGAAUUCGAUGUUGAAUCGUCUCAAACUUCCCCGAACCGGAUUGACCAAUUUUGGAGUCACCUGUUACAUGAACUCGACAAUCCAGUGUCUGAGUGCCACGAUAAUGUUGAGUAAGUUUUUCAUCGACAACCGCUUUCGGUUUUAUGUGCAGAGAAACUGGAAGGGCUCUCAAGGAGUCAUGCCAGGGCUCUUUGCCAACCUAAUCAGAUCACUGUGGAAGAACGAUGUGGAAGUAAUCAUGCCCACCUCUUUCCGGAACUUUUGCGGACGCCUGAACCAGGAGUGGGUCAUUGACCGACAACAGGAUGCCAAAGAGUUCUUUGAUUUUGUGGUGGAUUGCCUACACGAGGACCUCAAUAUUAAUUGGCAAAGAACACCUCUGCGACCGUUGACCUUUGAAGAAGAGGUGCAACGAGAAAGGAUGCCCGUCUCGAAGGUCUGCCGGAUCGAAUGGGAUCGGUAUUGCCACCGAGAAGAGUCUUUUAUCUCGUCACUUUUCGCCGGCCAGCAUGCCAGUCGACUACGCUGCACAACCUGCCAGCGAACAUCAACUACCUAUGAGGCAUUCUACAGCAUAAGCGUGGAGAUCCCCUCGUCUGGGGCGGGCGAUAUCUAUCAGUGUCUUCGAAGCUACUGCAAGGAGGAGAUGCUGAGUGGUGACGAGGUGUGGAAGUGCCCGUAUUGCAAGUGUGAGCGAGUUGCGACGAAGCAGAUCAUCAUCACGCGUGCUCCACAGGUUCUAGUCGUACACUUCAAGCGGUUUUCGGCCUCCAAGAUGCACAGUGCCCGGAAAAUACACACGCCCAUUGAGUUUCCCUUACAUGGGCUUCGGAUGGAUGAUUUUGUGUUUUCACCGCCAGCGCAGGGUUCGUCUACGGACCCUAACCCAACCGCACGACAGGACACCAUCUCGGCCACGACCCCACCAUUUACGUACGAUGCUUACGGCGUACUGCGGCACCUAGGGUCAUCGAUGAGUAGUGGUCAUUACAUUUCUCUGGUCCGGGACGCACAGCGUCAAUGCUGGCGAAGAUUCGACGAUGAGCGGGCGACAGACUUCAACCCCCGCGACCUGCGCCAUCGGGAGCGGCUACAGAACGAACAAGCAUAUAUUGUAUUUUAUGAGCGAGUCCCUGUAAAGUGA